GCUGAACUACCUGGCCUCAUUGAGCAGCAGUCUGCCUGCUGCCGGCCUCCACCAUGGCCUCGACUCCGCCAUUGUCGCAGCCCGCCCCCAUGCGCUCGCCCGGCAAGCCCAACGUCGCCCUCCGUCACCCCGUCCCCGAUCUCCAAUCGCUGCAAGGGGCAUAUGUCGGCAAUAUCGAGCGCCUGGAGGAACAUGCCGAGCGCAUGAGCGAGUCGGGCUCAGACCUCCAGGAGGAAAUACGCAAGACGUACUCGGAGUUGAAGCUGACCGACAGCCGCUGCUCCUCGCUGCACUCGCUGCAGACGGGCGACGAGCUGACGAGACGCCUGAGCACCAGGAGCCGUGGCCUCUCCAUCAGUUCCCACGCAAAUUCCAUAGUCGACCUGAACGGCAACGCACGAUGGGGCGGCUACUCGCCAGGCGGCUACGUCACGUCACCCGCCGGCUCUUUGCGCUCUGGAACCUUUGCCAAGCCCUCGACGUCAAUCCAGCGCCAGCGCUCAGAGUCCAAGGCCUCCCGCUUGGGACAAAUUGUACAUGCAGAGGAGGACGAGGACAACAAAAAGGACCGCACCCUCGCCUCGCCCCAAUCCGCGCCCGUGGCUGAAGAGCGGGACUCUUCACCACCCCCGCAGCGCAAAGUCUCGUCCUUUACCCGCCUAUUCGACGACGUUGCAAAUGGCCUGCCAGCAGAGUUGCGCGAUAGCAUCAUUACAGGCACGCCGCCCAGACAGCCCGACGAGCGCCAUCACCAACAUGUCGACGACGGGUACCCCGAUCCCCGCAAUGUCCCCGACCGCCCCCCCACAGCGGCCUCGACCGAUACCACCCACCAGGCACGUACACUGUGGCACGACUUUGACGGCACCCACUGCCCAGAUACCGUGCGCGAGGAGUCCGAGUCCAUGUACGGCAGCAAUCACGGACACAGCCGGCCAUCCUCGUACAGCCAGUCUUUUAUGAUGGACAGCCAUUCAGGCCAUUCUCUAGGUGCACCACCGCCUGAAGACGGCAUGGUCUUCUAUCCUGCUCCGGUACCAAGGAUGCUCAACCUUCCACAGCGCCUAUCCAAUCUUCCCCCUGCCGAGGCACGAGCCCAGCGCCGGUCACAGGUUCUGGAAUCCAUGCAAUCUGAAAACAGAAAGUCGAUGCACAUGGCCGGGGUGCCUGAUGCAGGAAAUAAGAGAAGGACCAGGCAGAGCUUGCUGAAUCUUCCGCCUCAACUGCGAGCGAGUGCUUAUUUCGACAAUCGAGCAACCCCUACGCAAGAAUACGCCGUCAAGGGCGAAUCUGCCCAAGAUACCCUUGAGAGCAUCUUGGAUGCUUCUGCACGUGCACCAGUCUCUGCAUUCACCGACCAUCCCUUUGCUGGUGAUGUAAGCCAUGACGUUUAUAAACCCGAGCACAAGCGCAAGAGCUCCAAGACGCCAGAAGUCCCGACUGGGCUGCGCGAGGUCAGAAGGCGGAGCUCCUUUAAUAUAUUGGACACUAAUCACAAUGCAAAUGGCGAACGACUGAAGAAGCUGAAGAAGCGCAACAGCUCGGCUGACAUGAAUCUGCUGCUGGUCAAGGCAAGCGAAAGCCGGAUGAGCCUGAGCGAUGAAUUGGAGCAUCCUGCAGAGGAUGAUCGAGGCCCUCAUACAGAGAAGAAGGCGCCUGCCCCUCGUCGUUAUUACCAGGCUCUGAACGAGGACCAGGCUGAAGAGGAGCGCGAGGAGCGGGAGCGUGAAGCGCGAGAGCACGAGCAACAGGUGCAUGAGGGAGAAGAAGAGGAGGAGGAAGAAGAGGAGGAGGAAGAAGAGAAAGAGGAAGAGGAAGAGGAGGGAGAGCCAGAGCCACAAUACGGUGCACCAACGACUCUCCUAGCGGAGCUGCAAUUGCGUCAAGCAAAGCAAAAGGGCAGGAAUAUGAACUACGUCACGCUAAUGGAACAGGGUCUAAUCGACGGUCGUCAGACUUUGCUCCAGCUGAACGAUGUGGCCGAGGCAGAGAAGCAACGGAGACUUCGCAAGAAGGUCAACCUUGCAUGGGAAGCCGAUGACGAUGACUCUGAAGACGACGUGCCGCUUGGUGUUCUUUACAAGGAGGCCGCACCUCAACUACAGCAUCUGGUGCGCAAGCCCCUGGGACUUAUCGAGCAACGUGAACUCGAGGACCACGAGCCAUUGAGCAGGCGGCGAAACAGGCUCCGCGGUCUUCCCCCGAACCAUCGUGACCCUCCACGACAAGUGCCACCUCCCCAGCCGAAUCCUGUUGGCCCUGAAGCUGGGGCUGAAGGCGUCUCGGAUGAGGAGGAGGGUGAGACUUUGGCAGACCGCAUGCGUCGACUCAGGGAAAAGCAACAGCUCGACUCAGCCUUGGGCGCUGACAUACGUAAGAGUGCCGUAAGUGCUGAUUUUGCCGCCGAGAUGAUGAGCAAAUUUGGUGGUCAAGAUGCAGCCGAGGACGGCCCCAAGGACACGACUCCCGCACACGCCGGAGAGGAAGAGGAGGAGACUCUUGGUCAACGCCGCGCGCGCCUCCAAGCCGAGGCAGCGGCUCGUGGUGAAAACAUUACCCAGCGUCCCAUGCUACAUGGAUCAUCUUCCCUCGCAGACAUUCUUUCGGCCAAUCCUCUUGAUCCCUACAACCAAACACGCAAAGUAUCCAACGAAGCACUGUUGUCGACUCUCCCCCAAGGUAGUCUCCUGCACAAAAACAUCGUUGAAGAAGAGCGCAGAAAGCAGCAACGGCUGAACGCCGCCACACGACGAGCCUCGAGCUAUGGCCCCUUGGACCCGCUUGUCCCAGGCAUAGGCGACAAGGAAAAAGACGACGACGACAUUCCUCUUCGCCAGAAGAUUCAAGCGUACAAGGAAACGUACAACCCGAGGUUGAUGAAGCCAAAACAAACAAGCGAAUCCGUCCACAGACUGAGCCUUGCUGGGCCUUCCUCGCAGCCGCAACAACAAUCACCGCAACAACCAGAGUACCAGCACCAGACCGUGCCUCAAGCUCGGCCCCCGCCCCCGCCCCAAAGCGUGCUAGGCAUGAGCAACAACAUGGGCAUGAUGUCGACGUCCAGCUUCAACAUGGGCAUGCAGCAGCCGUCACCACAGCCCAUGAUGAACAAUCCCAUGAGCAUGGGCAUGGGCUUCAACAACAUGAUGCGUCCCAACACGAUUGUGGGCAUGCCGGGGAUGCCAAUGCCAUCUCCCAUGGCGCCAGCGGCACCGUCGAUGAUGGGCGGAGCCGGACCAAUGGGCAUGAACAUGGGCAUGGGAAUGCCCGGCAUGGGCGGCAUGCCCAUGGGAAUGGGAAUGGGCGGUAUGAACAUGGGCAUGGGCAUGCCUGGCAUGCCUGGCAUGAACAUGGGUAUGAUGCAGGGCGGAAUGAUGGGGCCGCCCAUGGAUCCCAGACAACGGGACCAGAUUGAUCGCUGGAUGCAGGGUAUACGGAAUUAACCUUUUUUCUUCCUUCGUUCCUUUAUUUGUCUUGAGCUUUAUUUUUUUUCUUCUCCCUAUAGCACAUUUAUAGGGUGGGGCGUAACGGGCAAGUCUUGUCAAUCGUUUGGUCGUUCGUUCAGCGUUUGGAAAUAAACAAGCAAGCGAGUCAGUCAGUCAGUCAGUCAGUAAGUACGGCAUGGCAUUCUUCGUUUUUUUUGGUGGUAUCUCGACUUUCUUUAAGGCAUGGCAAGGCAGGAAUGGACUGGACUGGACUGGACUGGACUGUACUGGGACUGGGGCUUGGAGUGGAUGGUGUUGAUGGUGUAGCAUUCGUUUUUUUUUCUAGCAGCACAUUCAUCUUCGUAUUUACAUAGUUUUUUUCUUCGACUCAGCGUUACUUGGGGGUUGAAUUAGCGUUCUGGCGUGUUUUAACAGAAGACAUGAUACGAGUUAUAGUUCAUCUUGCAC